AAUUACAUCAAACACUAACCGAAGACCUCCCAAGUCCCACCACUACUACACAAACUCGAAAAAAAUAAAAGCACUAACCACCACUUCUUCUUGCAAGAUCUUAAUAUAAACCCAAACACAACGCGUUUAUCGCACGGCACCGUCAAUGCACCCCCACACAAAGCAACGAACCCAACCUCUCUACCUCUACCUCUCUUGUUAUUAACUCCACACUUCCCUCAGAAACUCUACCUCACAUAGCUCCUCUUUUUCUCUUCACUUCACCACCACCACCACCACCACCACCACCACCAUGUCAUCCAAAGACUGCGGCAGCCACGGCCACAGACGCCGAAAAAUCUUCCGUCGAAUCUUCGCCGGAAUCCUAAUCUUCCUCCUCAUAGUCCUCAUCAUAAUUCUCUUAGUUUGGGCCAUCCUCCGUCCUUCAAAACCAAAAUUCAUCCUCCAAGAUGCUACAGUUUACGCCUUCAACGUUUCAUCUCCAAAUGUUCUCACUUCCAACUUCCAAGUCACCUUAUCCUCUCGCAACCCCAAUGACAAAGUCGGGAUCUACUAUGAUAAACUCGAUGUUUAUGCCACAUACCGUAACCAACAAAUAACUCUACGUACUUCCAUACCUACUUCUUACCAAGGACACAAAGAAAUUGAUGUUUGGUCCCCUUUUAUCUACGGCAGCGCCGUGCCUGUAUCUCCGUACAAUUCAGUUGCAUUAAGUCAAGACCAAGCUACAGGAACUGUGUUGCUGAUGAUCAAGAUUGAUGGUCGUGUCCGAUUCAAAGUUGGAACCUUUAUUUCUGCGAAAUAUCAUUUGAAUGUUCGGUGUCCUGCUUAUAUUCAGUUUGGUAGCAGAACCAGUGGAAUCAUUGUCGGUGAGAACGCCAUUAAGUAUCAGCUGGUAACGAGAUGCAGUGUGAGCCUUUGAAGGGAUGAUACAAGUUCAAGAUGGUAAAACGCUAUAACGCCGUUAAGUUACUAUUUUCUUUUUUGGGCACUCUUUAAUAUUUUUAGUUUAAUUUGAUGUAUUAUUAUUAUAUGUGGAAUUGAUGAUGGCGUUGUCUCUGUUUUAUAGAUUAUAUAUAUACACGAAGGGAUCCAUAUGAAACACUUUGAAAUUGAAAGUGUACAUUUUGCUAAAGUGAAUAAAUUGAAGAAAAAUCAUGAAAUAUUGAAACAAAUAGCAAA